AUGUCCGAGACCAAGACUUACCCCGAGAUCAAGCGCGGCGCAUCGCUCCUCCUCGCCUGGCGUCUCGAGGGCAAGCGCGUCCUCCUCAUCGGCGGCGGCGUCGUUGCCGCCUCGCGCCUGGGCUUCCUCCUCGAGUCGGGCGCGCACGUCACGCUCGUGUCCCCCGCACCGCUCGAGCCGUCCAUCGCGCACCGCGUCGCCACCGAACCCGAGCACCUCACCUGGCACGAGCGCGGGUACGGCAACCCCGACGCGGCGACGCCAGAGGAGAUGGCAGCCGACAAGGAGCUGCCAGUGGGAGACUUUGACAUGGUCCUCACUGCCGUCGACGAUGUGCAGCUCUCCCAGGCAGUGUGCACCGCCGCCCGUACGGCCCGCACACCCGUCAACGUCGCCGACGUGCCCCCCGAGUGCGACUUUUACUUUGGCGCCCAGGUCCGCCGUGGCCCGCUGCAAGUCAUGGUGAGCACGUCUGGUGCUGGCCCAAAGGUCGCCGUCAUUGUGCGCGACACCGUCGCCAACGCCAUCCCCGCCGACGUCGAGGACGCCAUCGCCGGCGUGGGCGCCCUCCGUACCGAGCUUCGUCAGCGUGCCCCCGGUGUCGGUGGUGCGUUGAGUAAGCGCCGCAUGAGGUGGAUGAUCGAUACCUGCGAUGCGUGGCGUCUCGACCAGAUGGGUGCGAUGAAGGACCCCGAGGUGCGCAGGCAGUUGCUGGACGAUGGGUGGGAGCAGCACAAGGUCCUUCGUCCCGGGGACGUCGGCGCGGCCCCCGGCGGCGUCAAGGCCUUGGUGGGUGAUGUCGUGCGCGCCGCUCCUGCCUGGCUGCCUACACUUGCUGCGUUUGUCGCUGGUGCCGCCGUAGGUGUUGCUUGGGUCGACCGUGUGCGCCGUUAG